GCUUACUGGAGUUACUCCGCCUCCUAACCGGAUCUUUGCAAACGACACUGGAAAUGCCCAUCGCACCUUCCCUAUACUCUAUCAAAUCCAUUCUCAUUCUGGAUGGGGAUGGGAAACGUAUCGUCGGCAAGUAUUAUAACUCUGUCCUCACUUGUCGCAAAGAGCAGAUUGAUUUUGAAUCCAAACUUUUCAAGAAAACAAAUAAAUCAUCUGGAGCGGAGAUUACUCUUCUUGACGGUGCCACGUGCGUUUAUCGAAACGUCGGUGAUAUUUUUUUCUACGUUAUUGGUGACAGUUCUGAGAAUGAGCUUAUCCUUGUAAACGCACUGAAUUGUCUGUACGAAUCUGUGACACAGUUAUUGAAACGAUGCGUUGAGAAGAAAACAGUGUUGGACAACUUGGAUUUGAUUUUUCUUGUGAUCGACGAGCUUUGCAACAACGGCAUUCUUAUGGAAUGUGAUUCUGCCGCUCUCGUGUCUCGCGUUGGUGCCCGAACGGAAGACAUUCCUCUGGGUGAACAAACGGUUGCACAAGCUAUCCAUAACGCAAAGGAACAAAUAAUGUCAUCAUGGAGAAAAUAGCAGUCCGACAUGGUUGCCUUUUUCCUCGUUUUAUGCAUGCUGUGAACUGCUACACAUGGUUCUUGGAAGCUGUUCAUUCACUAUUUCAGCGAUGUGCUAGCCCCGUUGCUACAAUCCUGCUCCUGUAUUAUUCCAGAGUUGAUUGGAAUGAGCUGGAUUUGUAUCGUUAAACGUUGGUAACUGAGCUGACCACCAUACUUUUGGUAUUGGAGCUUGGUCACUGUGCUGUGAUUUAUCUAUAUUUCACUUACCAUGUAAAACUGUUAUUGGAUAUAUUGUUUCCCGGUAGUUUUGCAUUCUAUCCUGAAACAUCUACGUCAAAUCAGUGAAGUGUUAUGCCAGUGGGAAUCUCUAUCGAAUGUUCCCAUA